AUGCAUGAAGCAGAAACAUAUUUAAAUAAAAAAUAUUCAACUUUGGUUGUUAAAUAUUCGUGGUGUUUUCUAUUACUUGGAUUGGUUAUAUGUAUAGCUCUUGGUUUAUCAGCUGUACUUGCACGUGAUUUACCGAAUUUUAAUGAUCCAACAAAAGGUUUUGUUCCGCGAGGUAAAAAUACUUUAACAUCUCGUUUAUUUGUACUUGAACGAGUUAAAAAUGAACUUGAUAAACAAAUAGCAUCUGCAAAAAUAACAAAUAAAACUAAAACUUCAUCAACACCAUCAUCAAAUAAUAAUGAUAAUGAUGAUGAUGACGAUGAUGAUCUUGAUUAUGAAGAUAAUAUAAAUGAAUCAAUUCUUCUUGAAGAUUAUAAAACUAAUCUUAAUUCAUGUGCGUUUUUAUCCAAUAAUGAUGAUAAAUGUUUAACAAAUGAACAAGUUUAUAAAUUAUUAAAUAAUAAAAGUGAUUUAAUAAAAUUUUCUAAAAUAGUUGAACAUCAAAUUAAUAAACCUAAUGAACAAAUGUGUACAUCAAUUGAUUUAAAUCGUCAUUAUGAAGUUUAUUUUGAAUCAUCAAAUAAAUCUUCACAAAAUCUUUUAACAAUUGAUAAUCUUUUAUCAUUAUGUAAAAAACAAAAUGAACUUAUGAAACUAUUUCAAUUAGAUUCAACAUGUCAUUAUACAUUACCACAAAUGGUAGCAUAUUUUUCAAAUAAAACAGAUUGUUCACAACUUAAUGAAAAUGAUACAACAUAUUUUAUAUCACGUAUACAACGUUGUCAUCAAUUAUAUGAUACUGGUCUUAUACGUUUAGCUGGUUUAAAACGUUAUCGUCAAAAACCAAUUGAAUUAUUUGAAUAUGAUUCUUGUUUUCGUUAUAAUUUUACAUUUUUAACAUUAGAAUAUUUAUUAGAUAAAACAUUUUUAUCAACAAAUCAAACAUAUUUUACAGCAAUGUGGUUUUUAAAACCGAAAAAAUCGAAAAAAUCUUUAAAUGGUGAUGAAACACAUACAGCAAAUUCUGCAUAUGAUUUAUUUAUUCGACAUUUUUAUCAAAAUCAAAAAUUUGAUGAUGGUUCAACAAAAAUAUCUGGAUUAAACUUUUUAGAUAUUCGAAUAUCAACAGCAAUGAAACAAAUUCGUGCUGAUAUGUUUUUUGUUAUUCUAGCUAUUUCAUUAAUUGUUGGAGUAACCAUAAUUUAUCUUCGUUCAAUAACAGUUGCCUUAAUGACAAAUAUAUGUGUUAUGUUCUCAUUUGCUUGUGCAUAUUUUACAUAUAAAAUAGCAUUAGGUAUUGAUUUAUUUCCGUAUAUUAAUUUAAUGGCAACAUUUAUCUUAAUUGGUAUAUCAUGUGAUAAUGUAUUUGUUAUAUUUGAUGCAUGGUAUUCCGAAAAAUUAGAUAUUUAUAAUGAAGCACGUUUACAAAAUCGUACAGUUGAAUUUUAUGGUAAAUUAACAAGACAACAAGAACAACAAUAUCGUCGUGAUUGUGAUUAUACAAUGUCUGUUAUACAAAAGAAAUUACUUAAUAAAAAUUCUAAUCAACAAACUAAUAAUCAUAAUGCAAAUGAAAUUGAUGAUGAUGAUAAUGAAGAAGAUGAAUAUUUUGAUCGAAUUAAAAAUCCAGAUUUAAUACGAAUGAUGAAAGUGAAUGAUGAACAAAUGAUACAAAUGAUGGGUGGACUUUUAAGACAUGCAGCUGCAAGUGUAUUUGUUACAAGUUUUACAACAUCAGCAGCUUUUUUUACUAAUAUGAUAACACGUAUUGCUUAUGUACAAUUAUUCGGCUUAUUUAUGGGAUUUUGUAUAUUAUUCAAUUUUCUAAUGAGUAUAACAAUGAUUGUAUCAUUUGUAAUUGUUUAUGAGAAAGUUUGUGAACCAUUAUCAGCACGUUUGGGUCUAUUUAAUCAUUUUCCAUCAAUCUUUGAUAAAACUUUAUCAACAUUAACACGUCUUAGUCAUGUUAUAUUUACUGUUUAUAUUCCACGUUUAAUAAUAAAAUUUCGUUAUAUUUUAAUCGUAAUAUUUUUUAUAUGUGGUAUAAUUGGUUUAAUUAUUGUUUUUUAUCAUCCAAAAUUAUCUCCACCAAAAUCUCGUCGUUAUCAAUUUUUUCAAUUAACACAUCCAUUUGAACGUUUUGAAUAUCAAAUGCGUGAUCAAUUUUUAUCAUAUAUUAAUGAAGAUAAAGAUAAUGUUACAAAUCCAAUGUUAAUAUUUAUAUUUGGUAUCGAAGAUACGGAUUUAGUACAUCCAUUUUAUCCUGAUGAUUCGAAAAUAAAUCAAAAUAAACAAAAUUUAAUUUAUAAUCAAAAUAUUGAUUUUUAUGAUCCAAAAGUUUUACGAUGGUUUGAUACAUUUUUAAAAGAUCUUAAUCGAAGUGAUUUAUUUAUUAAUGUUCAACAAACAUAUUCACAAUGGUUAACAAUUGGUCAAUUAUUACGAGGAUUUACAACAUCCGAUAAAAAAUCUUUAAUAUCAUCAAAUGAUAAAGAAUUUUUUGUCCCAUCAACACGUAAUCAAACAAUAGAUGCAAUGGAACGUUUAUUUCGUUUAUUCAAAGGAUCAAAUCAAUUUCAAUCAGCAAAUGCAAAUGAUAAUCUUCGUAUUGGAUUUUUACCUGAUAAAAUAACCAAACAAAUACGAGCAUUUUUAUUUACAGUUAAUAUGAAUGUUACAUUUAAUUCAUAUUCUGUUCAAAAUGCUUAUUAUAAUAAAUUACAAAAUUAUUUUGAAAAAUGUUUAGAAAAAAUAAAAUUGGAAGGUGGAUCGAAUGAACAUGUCUACAAACAAGUUAAACAUGGUUGGUUUGUUUCACCUCAAUUUUUAUUCUAUGAUUUAAUGCGUGAAGUUAUUCGUGGUACUUAUACAUCACUCAUAUUUUCAAUGUUAUUUGCACUUGUAGUUCUAUUAUUAACAUCCGGAAAUGUUUUAAUAACAAUAUAUGCUAUGACUACAAUUACAUUUAUUAUAGCUGAUACAGUAGCUGUAUUUGUUUUAUGUGGUUGGGAAUUAAAUAUUCUUGAAACAAUAAUUAUUAUAAUGAGUGUUGGUUUAAGUGUAGAUUUUACUGUACAUUAUGGUGUAGCUUAUAUUAAAGCAGAUUGGAAAAAAAAUCAAGCACAUAUUAAAAUAUCAUUAAAUCAAUUGAAUUCACAUGAUAAUAAUAAUAAAAAAUUAAAUGAACAAAAAUCUCUUGAAAAUGAAAAUAUGUUUCAAAUUAUUGAAAAAAAACAACAAUAUGGAAAUUUACAACGUUUUCGUCGAAUUAAAAAUAGUCUUAUUCGUGUUGGUUCAGCUGUAUUUGUUGCUGGUUUUACAUCUUUUCUUGCAGGAUUAUCAAUGGCACCAAGCAAAUUAACAUCAUUUUCUCAAAUGGGUUUUUUUCUUAUGUUAAUUAUGUUCAUAAGUUGGUUAUUUGCAACAUGGUUUUUCUUACCAUUACUUUCGUUUAUUGGACCUAUCGAUCAAUUUGGUGAUAUACCUUUUGGUAAAUUAUGUCGAUGUGGUAAAUCAUCAACAUCACCUAUUGUAGAAGCAGGUUCACUAAAUGAUAAUGAAGAAAAUAUCAAUGUUGAACGGAAAUUAAAUGAUGAACAAUCUGUUUAG